AUGAGUCCUUCAUGCUCUUCGUCGGAGACCCCCCCGGGCGUCUCCGCUUCACCUUUAGAAGAGAGUGAAGGCAAGCGCCGUUCUUCUGCGGGCUGCGCCAUGUCUGCGCGCCCGGCGUCGUCGCCUCCGAGCCAGGAGGCGGCGACUCCAUUCUGGCCGUCGCCUGCGUCUGUGCCUCUGUCGCCUCCCGCUCCGCCGGGCUUCGCAGCUGCGCGCGGCGCAGGGGACAGGCCGCCGACUGUAGUGGAUUUCCUCACGGUCGCGGGGCUACAGGAUCCGGCCAGCGCGGCGAUUGCGUUGCGAACCAAACUCGGAGUCUACUCCGUCGAAGAUCUCCUCGUGGCGGUGUUUGUCGACCUCGACGAGGGCGCCUUCGCCGCAGCGCCGCCGCAUGCGGCCGCCGGCGCGCCCGCGAGCCGCGCGUUUCCCGCGGCUGCUUCGGAGUCGCAUUUCUCGCACUUCCUCUCCAGUCUGAACAACUGGCGUGCGCUGCGUGCGGCGUCGCACAUGCCCUCCGCAUGCGUCACUCCCGCCGUCGACCUCACGCCCUCGUCGCGUCCCUCGAGGCGACGUCGAGGUCGUCUGUCAGUCCUCGGCCUCGUCGUCGGCGAGGCAGGCGCGUUCAGUCAAAGCAGCUCGCCCCCCGCCGCGCAGAGCUCCGCGCCGCCGGAGUCCUCGCGCAGCAGCCGCACGCUGAGUCUGCCGGCUCUGGGGACGACGUCCAGCCUGCCUCGCGCGCCCGCGUCCGCCGCGGCGUCGCCAAGGGCCUCGCGGUCGCAGCCGCUGCUGCCCUUUCCCCCCCACGGGGCUCUCACUGCGACAGAGGAGCGCAGCCGCGGAGCGCAGAACGCGCAGAGUACAGACAGCCGCGAGGCGAGCGACGCGGAGCGCUCGCCGCUGCAGCGAGACCGACCCACAGACGAAAACUGUACAUGCUGCAAAUGCCCUCUCUUUCUCGACGAAGGGAUUUCGGAGUGCCUGUGUCGCUACCUCUGCAGCCCUAACAUGGAGCUCGUCGCCGACACUGUCUCUGAAGAAGAGCGGAAACUGAUCAUCUUGCACCUAGUCAGAUUUGCCAAGGAGGAACUCAGUGAAAUCGAGUUCGCGCUUCUGCCGUACAGCGUCCGCACGGCGACUCGAAAGCUGAAGAAGAACGGCAUUUCGUCGUUUUCGCGAAUCGCCUGCGUCUGCCUGACCGGCGUGGAUCCGAUCGCCCUGGCCAGGCCCCUCGGCGCCUCGGCGUCCGCUGCGUCGAGUCGCCCUUCCCCCUCCCUCCUAGCACCAUCGACUAGCUCGCCCCGCUCGUCCAUAUCUUCUUCGUCUUCCUCUUCUGUCUUUUUGUCUUCUUCUUUCUCCUCUUCUGAGCCUCUUGGCGCGUCUGCCUUCUCGCCGCCAGUUCCGCGGCGUCGGCGCGCGGCGGACUGGCUGCGGGAGGAGGGCGGUCUCUCAGCGCUAGAGGCGUCGCAGGUCUUUAAGGCGACGCGUCAAGUCGCGGAAAGCCGCGUUUACUCUUCAGUCCAGUUUGACCGCUGGGUUUUCGACAACGUGAUUGAUACUCCGUACAUCCAGCGCCUGCGGCACCUGAAGCAGCUCGGCGCCUGCAAUAUGGUGUACCCGUCGGCGACGCACACGCGUUUUGAGCAUUCACUGGGCGUCGGGUUCCUCGCGCGCAAUUUCUUCACGAAGCUCGCGUCGAAAAUGGGGUUUGCCACCUCCUUCCCGGGGAGCGCGAGCCUCCCCGGGUGUAUGUACGGCCCGCCGGCGCGCAUGUGCACCGUUUCGGUUCCGCCGACGUUUCCUUUUAUCGCGCCGCCCAAGUCGCUGCAGCUGAAGCGGCAGCAGCUGCACGAGCACGGCGAGGACAAGGACGACGGGGUUUCUUCGGUUUCUUCCUCGCAGGCCUCGUGCUUCUCGCAGGGCUCGUCUGCGGCGGCCUCGGCUGCAGCGGCAGGUUUCGCGGCCUUCCCGUCUGACGGACUGGCGGCGGUGGAGGCGGGGUGCUGCUGUUCAUGCGGCAGUUUCGUGUUUGGCGACGCGUCUUCGCCGAGCGUCUUCGGGCGCAGCUGGCGAGACCAGAUGGGCGAGGUCGCGCGGCUUGCGAACUGCGUGGAGAUCGCAGGGCUCUGCCACGACCUGGGUCACGGCCCGUUCAGCCACACGUUCGAAGUGGGCUUCGUGAACCACGUCGACACGCGCCGGCGCCGCCAGGUCUCUCCGCUCUCGCCCUUUUUCUCACAGGAGGCGGCGGGCCUCUGGUCGCACGAGCAAAUGUCUCUGCAGAUGGUGGACCAGGUCUUUGAGCCGCUUCUCGACGUCGGCGGCGAACGCGAAGUCGACGAGGAAGACGUGAAAAUGGUGAAAAACAUGAUCUCCGGCGUCCCUCCCACCUGGAUGCGAAACGCCGCCCCCGGACUCGACCCCCUUGACUCCCUCACCCGAGCCGCCUUCGACAUCGUUGCCAACAAGCGAAACGGCCUCGACGUCGAUCGCUUCGACUACUGCCGCCGCGACGCCGCGAUUCUGCCGCCCUCGAACCCGCUCCCGACGGUCGCCGUGAACAGGCUGCUCGACUACAGCAGCGUGAUUGACAGCGAGAUCUGCUUCAACAUCAAGGAGCUGCACACGGUCUUCAACCUCUUCUAUACGCGCUUUUCACUCUUCAAAACGGUCUACACGCACCGCAUGGUGAAGGCGAUGGAACUCAUGCUCUGCGAGGCCUUCCGCCGCGCCGACCCCACCUUCCGCUGGAGCGACAAAGUCGAGUCGCCGGAUGAUUUUUUGGAGCUGACGGAUGAGCGGCUGCUGUACGACAUCCGCGCACAUCCGCUGUUCAGCGGGCGCUCCAAGUUCAUCACCGAUCUGGACGAUGACGAGCGGGCGAAUCUGACUGAGGCGAAGCGACUUAUCGACUUGGUCACGCGCAACAGGAAGGCUGCAAACAUCUUCAGAUUCACAGGCGAAGUCCCUCUGCAGGAGUGCGACAGUCACAAGCUCCGCGAGCUUGAGACGUUGGCGUCGCCUGAGUACAUCGUGCAGUUCGCUCCGACCAACCAGCCCGGGCCGCCGGGCUCCACGGGCUCCACGCAGGACUGGAGACUCAGAGCUGAAGACCUCAUCGUGGACUGGAACAUCAACCACUACGGCCAGGGGCAGCUGGACCCGCUGAAGGCUGUGCGGUUCUACAAUCCCGACAACGAGGAUGUGGCGUUCUACGCGAGCGACGAGACGCGCCAGCUGUACCCCAAGUCCUUCCAAGAGAGGUACCUGCGUCUUUACUGCAAAGAAAACCGGAAGCUCGAAACCGCCAAGGCCGCAUUCCAGGCCUUCUGCAGGCACCUGGGCCUAACUGUUCAGUGCGACGGCACACCGGCGAUUCCACAGCUGCCGCAUGCCUGCUGCACAUCGCGAGGCGCGGGCGGCCUGGGGUCGCUCGUGCGACGAUCCGGCAGCCGGCGGCGCUCUUCGGUUUCCUCCCUGAGACGAGGCAGUUUUUCGAGGUCCGAUGAAGAGCCCCUAGAUAAACCCUGCUGCCCGCGCCAUCCGCACGCCGCCCCGCACUGUUCUUUCCCCCGAAACACCGGCAGGGGAGGCGACUGGGGGGCAGGCGUGGAGGCUUCGCAGAGAUGUUUCUCUGCGUCGUCGCGGGAAGGACUCAGUUCGCAGGCUCUGCCGAGGCUGAGCGCGCUACGGCAGGCCUACGACUUCAUCUACUUCCGAAGGGAUCGCGAUGGCGACAGCGAAGUAGGAAGUCAAGCAGCUCGACAUCCGGUACCGCGUUUGCCUCCCGUGCCGGACGAACUGCCCGCGAGCAUCUGCGCAUCUCAGGAAGGCGAGACGCUUCUGGAAACCCACGCGAACUCCGCCUUCUCUCAGGUGGACGAAGCCCACGGAGACGGCGGCGGAAAUAGGACGGGGGGGAGCGGAGGAAAGGUCGAGCGCGAAAGAGACAGUGCACCCGAUGGUGUAGCGACAGCUGAACUCGACGCCGGCAGGGUUAAGAGAAUGCGACUGAGAGGCUGA